UUUUCUCUCACUUUCCGUCGCCUGCAAACUUUCUCGGGAAAAUUCCGAGCGGUUGCGAAGCAUCUUUCUCGCCGGAAAUGGACACGAAGUCUCUGGCCAGAUCGAAGAGAGCUCACUCCCUGCACCACAGCAAGAAGCACCAUCCCAGCCCGAAGCCCAAGCCGCCGCCGGGGACUCCGAGCGGCGCGGCGGCGAGCGCGAGCGCGGCGCCGGGGAAGCAUACUCCCGAGAAAACCCAGCCGCGGCCGAAGCCGAAGCCGAAGCUGCCCUCGAAUUGGGACCGCUACGAGGAGGAGGAAGAAGAGAUCGGUUCGGGCGUCGCCGAGGGUGGCGGGGUUCAGGGCUCCGAUGUGCCGGCGCCGAAGAGUAAAGGGGCGGAUUACGGGUACUUGAUUGCCGAGGCUCAAUCGCAAUCUCAAUCUCAGUCCGUUUCCGAUGACCCUGUUCUGGAUAGUUUCGUGUCCUUGGGUGAUGUUCUUCCCGAAUUUUUUGGUGGAGGAGCAAGUACUUUGCUUUCAGUUAGGGGUGAGGCGGUCUUGUCGUGGGCCAAUGAGGACACUUUCGUUGUGGAUGAUGAUAAGGCAACUUCAGGUCAUGAGGCGCCAUUUCUUUCCCUGAACUUGAAUGCACUUGCGGAACAACUAGCAAAGGUGGACUUAGCUAAACUGCUCUUCAUUGAGCCAGAUCUGUUACCGCCUGAAAUGCAUACAGGCCCAUACAUUGGGAGCAGUGAAAAGGCCUCUGACCAAAUGCAGACACAUAAAACUGAAGCAGCAGCUCAGAGUCAGUUAGAUGGACCAGCUCUUGAUGAUUUUGAUAGGGAAGAAAGAAAAGAAGAGGAACGUAAAGAGGCUGGAAUGGGCAGAAGUAAAUCAGAUUCAGUAUUAAACUUUCCGGAUGAUAAUAUUUCUGUGGAUACUAGCGAAGUUUCUAGCUUAGGACAAACUAUAGUGAUAGAGUCCACAGAUCAGUCAAUCGAGAAAUCUGAUAUAGACCCAGAGAAGAGAAACUCCACAUUUGAGGCAGCAGCAGCAGAAGCUGAGCUCGAUGCGCUUCUCAACUCUUUCGGUGAAACCAAGUCGACUGAACCAUCUGGUUUUGGCUUCACUAAGUCCACCCCUGCUUUUCAAGAUCAAACUCCGACAUCUAUGCCACAGGCCUCUGGGCGAGGCUUUAUUUCCUCUGCGGCUGCACCUGCGCCUGAUUCUGCUAAGAUUGAUGUUCUUCUCGAUGAUUUACUCGAAGAAACCUCAAACUUUGCCCAACAAAACACUCAUCAGAGUGUACUGCAAACCCAGCAGGUAAAUUCUGUCACUAAAUCAAAAGAAUUGGACGAUUUUGACUCAUGGUUAGACACCAUUUAGCAGUUAUUUAGCCUGAGGUCUUCAAUGUAUGUACUAUAAUCCCCCUCAAUUGUUAUACAAGGAUGAUCAUCCUUCUCUUUUCAAGCAAAUGCUUUGUAGUGCACAGUUGGGAGUCCUGAGUAUUCACCUUCAUUUCGGGGCAGCAUCCUAGCCAAGUUCUAAGACUUAAAAGACUGACGAGAUGAUCGAUCAGGGCGUCAGUUUCGUUUAGUCUGUUCGACAACUCAGAUUUUUAUUUGUCUAUCGGCAUAAGACUUUUUGGACAGGUCAUGUUUAUGGUUUAAGCAAGUUGGUCUCA